AAAGGACCGGUGCUCCCGGCGCGAGACGAGCACGACACUCGGAACACACUCGUGCUCGACUUGGAUGAAACGCUGGUGCAUUCUAAUUUGGAGAACACGGUUGAGAGAUGCGACUUUAGUUUUCCAGUCGUCUUCAACGGCGACAUGCAUCGGGUGAAUGUCAGAAAGCGGCCGCACUUGUCGACGUUCAUGGAAUUGGUGUCAAAGCAGUACGAAAUAGUCGUCUUUACGGCGUCGCAGCAAAUAUACGCCGACAAGUUGCUCGAUAUUCUCGACCCUUCGCAAAAGUGGAUCAAGCACAGGAUCUUCCGCGAUUCGUGCGUGCAAAUCGAUGGGAAUUUCAUGAAAGACUUACGCGUGCUCGGCCGGGAUCUAUCGAGAACGAUUAUCAUCGACAACUCGCCGCAAGCGUUUGGAUUACAAGUCGAAAACGGGAUCCCGAUCGAGUCGUGGUACGACGACGAUGCGGAUAAUCAUUUGCUUUCACUUCUUCCCAUACUCAACGAACUCGCCGCCGAUACGGACGUGCGCGUGACGCUGGACCGCAUGUUCAAUCUCCGCGAGAGAGUG